AGUCCCCAGAGCCGCCUUUCUUGCCCAGGAGUUUGCCUUUGCGUCUCCCCUCCCUCAUCCCCCCCUCCUUUGCAAAUGAGAAAACAAGGGGUGAGUCUGAGUUGGGAGGAGAAUGGGGAGGGGGAAGGGGGUGUGACACCUGGGAGGAGAUCCCUCCCUCCUCUCACACCCCCGGCGCCGAAGUUUUCCCAGCAAGACCAGAUCUCUGCGCCUUGGAGGAAAGGGGGAAGCUGGAAGCCCCUCUCAGGCUGCUUUGAAUUGAAUUGUGUGGAGAAGGAGGAGGCAGGGCUGAGUGGAGACAACGAGCCCAGCAGCUCAGAAAAGCUGGAAGCUAUGGGAUCUCAGCCUUCACCUGCUUGAAAAAUUGUCUCCCGGGAUCUUUGAAACUUUUUCAGCUCCAGAGAUGAGGGAGAGAUCGCGGUUUACCAUGGUGGGCCUACCUGUUCUCGUGUUCUUGUGGACCAUAAAAGGUGCCUUUCCUGCUCAUUCUCACUGGAAGCCAACCUGGCCAUCCUACAGAGUCCCAGUCAUUGUGCCCCAAUUGACUGUCAAUUUGGACAAGCCGCAGUUUGACGCAGAAGCCAAACUAGAAGUGGUAUCACCUUGUGGUCCCUCAUGCCACAAAAGUUCUCCGUUGCCAACUUACGAAGAGGUGAAGGACUAUUUGUCCUAUGAGACCUUAUAUUCCAAUGGUUCUCGGACAGAGACAGAAGUUGGCAUCUACAUCAUUACUGGUGGAAGCACUGGGGCACAGGGCAGAUCUCGGAGAAAAAGACAAAUCUAUGGAUACGACACAAGGUUUAGUAUUUUUGGCAAGGAUUUUUUGCUAAACUAUCCCUUUUCUACUUCCGUGAAGUUAUCCACAGGUUGCACUGGAACACUGGUGGCCGAAAAGCAUGUCUUGACCGCAGCUCAUUGUAUUCACGAUGGCAAAAGCUAUGUCAAGGGAGCCAAGAAGCUGCGAGUGGGGUUUCUGAGGCCAAGACUUAAGGAUGGUAUCAAGGGGGCAAAUGUCAGCAGUUCUCCCGACCCACACAAAAUGAAAUUCCAGUGGAUCCGAGUGAAACGGACCCAUGUCCCCAAAGGGUGGAUCAAAGGGAAUGCCAAUGACAUUGGCAUGGACUAUGACUAUGCUCUGUUGGAACUCAAGAAACCCCAUAAGAGAAAGUUCAUGAAAAUAGGAGUGAGCCCAACAGCAAAGCAGUUGCCCGGGGGAAGGAUCCACUUCUCAGGCUAUGACAAUGAUCGGCCAGGCAAUCUGGUUUACCGUUUCUGCGACGUCAGGGAUGAAACCUAUGAUCUCUUGUACCAGCAGUGCGAUGCCCAGCCAGGGGCCAGUGGUUCUGGGGUUUAUGUGCGGAUGUGGAAGAGACAGAACAACAAAUGGGAACGUAAAAUCAUUGGGAUAUUUUCUGGACAUCAGUGGGUGGACACCAAUGGCUCCCCCCAGGAUUUCAACGUGGCUGUCCGCAUUACCCCUCUCAAAUAUGCACAAAUAUGUUACUGGAUCACAGGGAACUAUCAGCACUGCCGGGAUGGCUAAAGACAAUGAACGUCGCAUGGAUGCCUUGAUUGGUUAUUGGGGAAAAUCGGACUCCCAUAUUGCCAAUGUGCACAAUUGAGUUUUAUAAAUAUCAGGAUAAAAGAAUUAGCUGGGAGGUCCAUAUUACUAUUUGUGAAGGUCAUGUGUGUUAAAUAAGAGAUCCAGCUUCAACAUCUGAAUUUAACAAAGACUGGGCUGAACCUUGACAUUAAGGAACCUUGGCUAUGGGGCAGGUAGGGGUUCUGGCUUGAUACAAACACCUUCCACAGUUCAAUUGGCCUCCAGGAUUAGAGGAGUGCUGAACCCAUUUUGAGAUUUAGUGUAAAUUUUAGAAGAGCUGUCUAUGAUGCGGAACCCAUUUUGGGGUUCCAUACCAAAGAUAGCUGGUUUUAUUGUAAGCCACUCACAGAAUUUAUGGUAUAUGGAGAGAUUAAACAUAUUUUAAUAAAUAAGAAUUCAUCUAAUUUUCAGAUUAAAUUCCAUGUGGAAUCACUGCGCUAUUGCCAAGGGAGCCAUCAAUUGCCAUGGUCUGCCAAUGACCUUAAGCUCUUUCCUUUUGGCUGUUGUUAGUCUUAGGUUAUCUUUCCCAUAUCCAAAAUUUAGCAUGUUGCAAUGAUCAGAAUGUAUGCAUUUGACUUUUGCAGUCUUCUUGGGGCAGCUCUGACCCGAUAAGUGGGCACCAUGGAUCAUCCAACCCUCAUGCCUACCAAAUGGUAUGGUCCUGAUAAACUCCUCCAUAACAAGGAUAUUAUAGUAGUUUUCUUCUGUGUUGCGCCACUAUUCUUUGUGCAUUUCCAUUCCCAUCUCAAUGGAUUUUUUCUUGAGCUGGUAUGACUUAUUUUGGGUGCCAAAAGAGAUAUAAGAAAUUGCAAGUUAAUCUACUCCAUUCGAAUCACAGAGGAGCUAUCCAUAGUGCUGAAUUCUAGCCCCAAUCAAACCCAGCUUCAGCACCUUGAAUAGCAGCCUUAGCAUUCAGAUUAAAACCUGGAACAGAGUCAUGAAUCCUCCUUCCUAAUAUUGGAGCCACCUACUGCAUCUGCAUCCAAUUGAUAAAAUGCCCUCAGCUGAUGCUUUGAAAUAAGGGCUUUACCAGAAGAGAUCUCACUUUGUAGAAGGUGAGUGCAAGGUGAAAAACCCAAAAUGGAUUUGGUUUUAGCAGCUUUUACUGGUUUUCCAAGAAGCUCUUAUGUGCAAAGCUGGGGACCUGCCAUGAUUCUGUGGGAAUGCAGAAUAGCUGCAGAAUAUGGCAAGGACUGCAGCAUUUAGUUUCCUAAGAAUCUCAGGGUAAUUUUAUGAGUGAAUCCUCUCACUUUAUUUACUGCACUGACUUUAACAAAGUUUCUUCCUUGUACAAGUUAAUUUGGCUCCAGCUGUUGGAGAAAUUUGGAAGUAAUCACAGGGACAUCUCUGUCUGCUUCCAUCUUGGCAGGGUUAGAUCAGAAAUUAGAUCCUACCACCCUCCUGAAGACUCUAGCUGUGCCAGAGGACUGGUGGGAAAAGCAAAGAGAGAUGUCUAUUUCUUUGCACACAGGCCCUGGGAAAGUUUGAGACAACAGAAGAGAACACACAUUAAUUCAUGAUAAUCUGAAUCAUGACAUCAAGGGUGCAAAUUUAUGUACACUAUACAAGUUCUAGACUUCAGUUUUUAAUGUUAUCAGAAUGCGUUGUAAGUGCAGGUAAUAUCUGUCAGGUAAUAUGAGGGGCAUCCAGUCUUGGGUAAGUUCUAGUUAUUUGGUGAUAAAAGGGUUAAUCUUCCUUUCCCAACUGCAUGCCACUCCAGAUGUGCUGUAUUCCAGCUUUCACCAUCUCUAGUUGGCAUACACUGCCUGUGGAUAAUGAGAAUUAUACUCCAAUUCAUUUGGAAGCUGCAGAUUGCAUGAUAUAUAUGAGUUACCUGACAAUGUCCAUUUUACUGGAAGAGUAGCACGUUUUUGGUAACUACUGGAGCACAUAUGAACAUCAUUGACAAAAUCAAACAAUGGCCUAGAACCAUUGAAUCAGUUGAAUUUGUCUAUGUAUUUACUCACCGUUCAACAAUUGAUGAAAUGAAUCUAUUUCAUUGGGGCUAAAAGAACUCCAUUUUAUCGGGAGAGCCAAAUGAAGUAAGCAUCUUUUACAGGCAUUAUCCAAAUGGCCAAUAGCAAGCCAGGAGCCAAUGUUUGCCACAUACUGAAGUCACAACAGUAGACUUGAAGAAAAGUGAUUCUGACUACAGCCUUUGGCUAAGGAUGGCUAGGUAAACUAUUCAGGUGACUGAAACUAGAGAACCAAGUUAGAAAUAAAAUUCUUCUCUUUCCCAUAUUGGCAGACCAUCUUUUCCCAUAGAAACAAUAUCUCCAGAUCUUUGUCACUUUAUACCCAACCAUUGCUUGGGCUUGUUUUUGUUCCACAACAAAAGAAAACGUUAAGAUGCUAUACUUUACAGCCUAAAUGUUUGUGCCACUGGAGUUUCUAAGGCUUUAGCACUGUGGGUUAGCCAUGAGGCUGCCUUUAAGCAUGUAUCUGUCUUCCAGUGAGAAGAAGAAAACUGUCCGAAGGAAUGAUGUGCUUUGCAAAAUAUGGACAGACUACUCAUUUUCCCUUCACCGUCCUCUGUAUAAGUGUGUGUGUGUGUGUGUGUGUGUGUAUGUGCAUGUGUGAGAGGAAGACACACACACACACAUGCAUAGGUAAAGGUUUCCCCUGAUGUUAAGUCCAGUCAUGUCUGACUCUGGGGGUUGGUGCUCAUCUCCAUUUCUAAGCCGAAGAGCCAGCAUUGUCCAUAGACACCUCCAAGGUAAUGUGGUUGGCAUGACUGCAUGGAGCACAGUUACCUUCCCGCCGGAGCGGUACCUAUUGAUCUACUCACAUUGGCAUGUUUUCGAACUGCUAGGUUGGCAGAAGCUGGAGCUAACAGCGGGCGCUCACUCCGCUCCCUGAGUUUGAACCUGGGACCUUUCGGUCUGCAAGUUCAGCAGCUCAGCACUUUAACACACUGAGCUACCGGAUACACACAUGCAUAUGUAUACAUAUAUUUUGAUUAAGCAGAAAAUCCAAGAGUAGCAAUCAUGCUAGGCAACCCAUGCUCUCUGGCGCAGAAUUGCAAAGGAAUUGAGAGGUGUUCUAAACUGCAGUGGAGGAAAUAAGGUGCUUCCCUUGUGUAAUCUAUCUCCAGAUGAGAUUCACUGAUAUGCAUUUGUCACAUCAGGAUGAAAAGCAUACACAAACACAGGUCUGCUGUCAGUAUCCUGAGCCUUUGACCAAUGAUGGGUUCUUGUUCCCUGCUCUUGAAUGGUGAACACUCAACUUCAAUGUUCCAGAAGUUCUACCAUCACAAGAAUAUAGCAAUGCCCAACACUGGUGGCCAUCAUAUUUUAGUAAUUAUGUUCAGCUUAAAAAAAAUCUAUGUACAUUGUCUCAAAAUGACAGAGUUUCCAGACCACUACAUUUUGGGAAAACUAACCACAGUGGCCACAAGGGCUGUUUAGACCAUUUCAUGUCAAGGAUCCCUUGAUCUGUGUAGGCAGUACUGCUUCCAGAAAUGUAUUCUCAAUAGAGUUUAGAAUAGAAGAUCUCAUUCUGUAUGGAAUAAAGCAAACUGUCCAGAUGAUGUCAAAUGGAGCUUCAAUAUUUCACUAUGGUGGAAAUAGUUCAAAUCACUUAAAAUCAGAAAUCAUGCAGAUAUUUUUCCAGUGGUCUUCUUCCAAAUAAACUAUUAUUAUAAUGUGUGUGUGUGUGUGUGUGUGUAUCAAAAAUAUUUCCUGGUGAUGUCCCAUGGUGCUGAUAUACAUUCUUCAGUGGUGCUGUUUUGUUUCUUCAAGCUAAAAGUGCCCAAUGAUAUGUCCCAGGUGUAGCUUUCAGACAUAUUGGAUCCAUUAUUGAAGCUGUUUUUCUGUUGUGUUUAUGUGCCCUGACUAAUGCUUCAAAAGGAAACUCCAAAAACACCUUCACUCCAUCCCUGUUAUAUUACAGAAAAACGUCUGCCCUCAUUAUCUGUCAAUUCUAAUUUCUCUGUCUGUUUACUUGGCACGCCUAUUUUUGAAUGUAUUGUGGUGAAUCCAGAGAGUUAAUGGAACUUUUAAUGCAACUGAUUGUGUACAUAUUUAUGUAUGUUUGCCAGAGAUCCAACCAUUCAUUAUGAUUCUACUUAUUUUGUAAACAUGCUCAAAUACAGCACAGUUUUGUCA